UCAGUGAUGGAGGGAGAUUCAGUCACUCUAAACUCUGAUCUUACUGAAAUGAUGGAUGAUGAUCUGAUUCUGUGGAGGUUUGGGCCUGAAAACACUUUAAUAGCUGAAAUCAAUGUAAUGGCUGACAGCAUGACUGUAUUUGAUGAUGCUCUUGAUGGGAGAUUCAGAGACAGACUGAAGCUGGACAAUCAAACUGGAUCUCUGACCAUCACAAACACCAGAACUGAGCAUGCUGGACGUUAUAAACUAGACAUCAAACGUGCGAUUAAGAAUUUCAGUCUCACUGUCUAUGGUGUUCUGCCUGUUCCUGUCAUCAGCAGUAACUCAUCUUCAUCAUGUUCACUGGUGUGUUCAGCCGUGAAUGUGAGUCAUGUGACUCUCUCCUGGUACAAAGGAAACAGUUUAUUGUCCAGCAUCAGUGUGUCUGAUCUCAGCAUUAGUCUCUCUCUACCUCUGGAGGUGGAAUAUCAGGAUGUAAACACCUACAGCUGUGUGCUCAACAAUCCCAUCAGCAGCCAGACUCAACAUCUGGACAUCACUCAACUCUGUCACACAUCUGCAGAUCAGGUCCUACCUUUACUGUACAUUGUGCUGAUCGCGGCCGGAUCUCUGUUGAUUGUAGCUGCAGUCGUGAUCUGCUGCAUCUGCAAGAAAUGUAGAAAAACAGUCAAGACACAGGAGGAAGACAGAACUGAUUCAGCAUUGUGUAAACCAACAACACGAAACACA